GCCAUCACCAGGCGCCUCCUCCCGCCUCUUUGGUGUUCAAGAUUCGGGCGGUAGUUGCGCUUGUGUUUCACGGCUGGCGCUCACUCGUUGCCAUGUUCUCGGCCGGUGCUUCUCCGCGGACCCCGGCUGCGGGGUCCCGAAGGGGUCCGUUGCCUGCAGCUGGGCUGGGCUCCACGCCGCGGGCGGCCAGCCGGCGGGGCCUGGCAGCGCUGGGCUCCGCCGUCAGCUCGCCCGCUCUCUUCUCCCCCGUCGGCCGGCGGAGCUCGCUCAGCUCGCGAGGAACACCUACCCGAAUAUUGUCCCACCACUCCAUCUCUGAGACCGUGAACUAUGAUGUGAAGGCAUUUGGGUCCUCGCUGCCUGUUAAAGUCAUGGAAGCACUCACCGUGGCUGAAGUUGAUGAUCAGCUGAGUGUUCAUAUAGAUGAAGGUGGCUGGGCCUCUCUGGUCUGCAAGGAGAAACUGAUUAUUUGGAAGAUUUCUCUGUCACCUGUUACCAAGUUAUCUAUUUGCAAAGAACUUCAGCUGCCGCCUAGUGAUUUUGACUGGAAUGCUGACUUGGUGGCUCUCUCUUACUCUGCUGCCCCAGGUGAAACACAUUCUACCCAGGCUGUUGCUGUCAUGGUUGCCAGCAGAGAAGGAUCUGUCCGCUAUUGGCCAAGCCUUGCUGGGGAAGACACCUACACAGAGACUUCUGUAGAUUUGGGAAGUGAUAAGACGUACAAUUUCCUAACAGCCGUGCAGGGAGGGAGUUUUAUUUUGUCCUCUGUGGGAGGCCAGCUGAUUCGGUUGACCCCAGAGAGCUCCGGCAAGAUUCAUCAGCGUGUUCUGCCUCAGGGACAAGGCAUGCUCUCGGGCAUUGGACGGAGGGUCUCUUCUCUCUUUGGAAUUUUGUCUCCCUCCAGUGAUCUCAUACUUUCAAGUGUUCUUUGGGACAGAGAAAGAUCAAGCCUUUAUAGCCUGACAAGUUCAAAUAUCUAUAAGUGGGAAUUAGAUGAUUUUUCAGAGAAACAAGCACAUAGCUGGGAUAUAAAUAGAGCCCUGAAGGAGAAUAUAACUGAUGCUAUUUGGGGAUCUGAAAGUAACUAUGAAGCUAUUAAAGAAGGGGUCAACAUUCAGUACUUGGACUUGAAGCAAAACUGUGAUGGGCUCGUGAUUUUGGCAGCAGCGUGGCACCCAGCAGACAGCCCAUGUCUCAUCUAUUACUCUCUCAUAACCAUAGAAGACAAUGGCUACCACAUGUCAGAUGUGGUUAAUGUGGAAGUCACUCAGUACAAUCCACCUUUCGAGUCUGAAGACCUGAUUACAUGUCGAUUGGUAGUUCCAAAUUUUUCAAACCAGACUGCGUAUCUGUACACUGAAAAUGCCGUCUAUGUGUGCUCCACAGGAACUGGGAAAUUUUCACUUCCUCGGGAGAAAAUUGCCUUUAAUGCCCAAGGAGAUAAUAUUUUAGGUGCUGGUUCCUGUGGUGGAGUUCCUAUCAUUUUUUCUAGAAACAGUGGUCUGGUGUCUAUUACUUCAAGAGAAAAUGUGUCCAUAUUGGCAGAAGAUCUGGAAGACUCCUUGGCUUCUUCAGUUGCUGCACCAAGCAGUGAGAGUAUGGUUUUUGAGAACAUUACAAAGAAUGAAACCAUAGCACAGGAAGAUAAAACCAAGUUGCUGAAAGCUGCUUUUCUGCAGUAUUGCAGGAAGGACGUAGGUCACGCUCAGAUGAUGGUGGAUGAACUGUUUUCCUCCCACUCUGAUCUGGAAUCUGAUUGUGAACUAGACAGGGCUGUUACCCAAAUCAGUGUAGACCUGAUGGAUGACUACCCAGCUUCUGACCCACGCUGGGCUGAGUCUGUCCCCGAAGAAGCACCUGGGUUCAGCAAUAUGUCACUGAUUAUUCUCCACCAGCUGGAGGACAAGAUGAAAGCCCACUCUUUCCUCAUGGACUUUAUUCACCAAGUUGGUUUAUUUGAACGUUUAGGCACUUUUCCAGUCAGAGGGAUGCCAAUGGCAACGCGGCUGCUACUUUGUGAGCACGCGGAGAAGCUGUCGGCCGCCAUUGUACUCAAGAACCACCACUCUCGGCUUUCCGACCUUGUGAACACAGCCAUUUCCAUUGCUUUGAACAAAAGGGAACAGGAGAUCCCGUCCAGCCUGACUCCUGCAGACAUCUUUUUUAGAGAGGUGUCCCAAGUGGAUACUAUCUGCGAGUGUUUACUGGAGCACGAGGAGCAAGUCUUGAAGGAUUCGUCAUUGGGAUCUGUUGAAUGGGCUGAAGUGGUGAUCAAUGUGAACAAUAUUCUCAAGGAUAUGCUACAAGCUGCUAAUCAUUAUCGUCAAAAUAGAAAUUCCCUGUAUAAGAAAGAAGAAACACUAGAAAAAGAACCCGAAUAUGUUCCUUGGACAGCAACAAGUGGCCCCACUGGCAUCCGAACAGUAAUAAUGCGCCAACAUGGGAUUGUUCUGAAGGUGGUGUAUCCCCAGGCGGACAGCAACCUCCGAAACGUGGUGACGGAGCAGCUGGUGGCACUGAUUGAUUGCUUCCUAGAUGGCUAUGUCUCUCAGCUCAAGUCUCUUGAGAAAUCUAGUGAUCAAGAAAGAUAUUCUAAUCUGGAAAUGGAGUAUCUGCAGAAAAGAUCAGAUCUCUUAUCGCCUCUUCUUACACUAGGCCAGUACCCGUGGGCUGCUUCCCUUGCAGAGAAAUACUGUGACUUUGAUAUCUUGGUGCAGAUGUGUGAGCAGACUGACAACCAGGCCAGACUCCAGCGCUACAUGACCCAGUUUGCUGAUCAGAAUUUUUCAGAUUUCCUCUUCCGUUGGUAUCUGGAGAAAGGAAAACGAGGCAAGUUGUUGUCUCAGCCCAUGUCUCAGCAUGGACAGUUGGCGAAUUUUUUGCAAGCUCAUGAACAUCUCAGCUGGCUACAUGAAAUUAAUAGUCAAGAAUUAGAAAAGGCUCAUACAACACUUCUGGGUUUGGCAAAUAUGGAAACUCGUUACUUUGCAAAGAAAAAGACUCUUCUUGGCUUGAGUAAAUUGGCUGCGCUAGCUUCUGACUUUUCAGAGGAUGUACUACAAGAAAAAAUUGAAGAAAUGGCUGAACAGGAGCGCUUUCUACUGCACCAGGAGACCCUACCUGAGCAGCUGCUGGCAGAGAAACAGCUGAGUCUCAGUGCCAUGCCCGUGCUGUCUGCACCGCAACUCAUAGGCCUGUAUAUCUGUGAAGAAAACAGAAGAGCUAAUGAAUACGAUUUCAAGAAAGCUUUGGACUUGCUGGAAUACAUUGAUGAGGAGGAAGAUGUAAAUAUAAACGAUCUGAAGCUGGAGAUCCUUUGCAAAGCCCUUCAGAGAGAUAACUGGUCCAGUUCCGAUGGUAAAGAUGAUCCAAUUGAAGUAUCUAAAGAAAGUAUUUUUGUGAAAAUUUUACAGAAGCUUCUAAAAGAUGGCAUUCAGCUGCGUGAAUACUUACCGGAGGUGAAGGAUCUCCUGCAGGCAGACCAGCUCGGAAGCCUCAAGUCCAAUCCUUACUUUGAGUUUGUUUUGAAAGCUAAUUAUGAAUAUUACGUGCAGGGACAAGUAUAGUUUUGGGUUUUUUUGUUU